AUGAGCUCUCCCCAAUCAGACCUGACCUGGAUGUCCAGCAGCGAACUGGAUGAACUCGAGGCAGCUAUCGAUGUUGAGGAACAGUUCCCUGUCUGGCAAAACAGCUGGACACCCAUCAAUUUAUCACCCCAAUCCGCCACAGCCGCUCUUGCCUUUCUUCCAUCAUCUCCAGCGGAUGUCGAUGAUGAUGAAGCACCAUCCCUAUCUGCAAGCCAUUUUCGCGAGGCAGUCCUCAGCUCAGCCCUGCGCAUCAAGCAAGGCCGGAGGGGAAGGAAGCGAAAGGCCCCCUCAACCUCACCUUCAUCUGCGCGCAAAAAGCGAGGCGUCAAUGCCAGUUCUAAAAACGACCAAAACAGUGCAAUGCUACCGGACGGAAACAGAUUGCCUCCAGCAAGGACUACUCGAGCUGUUGAGAAGGCGAAUUCUCGUCGAGCCGAGAGCGACGACAGUCUCCUCCCGAUCCGUCUAAACAAGCUCAACAUUGCUGCAUCAGGACAUAAGCGGACGUCUUCGGAGGCGUUCUUUGCGGAUAUAGAGGACUUACGAGCCAAGAAGACGCUAGUUAUGAGAGGAGUGGGAAACGGGACCGCUUCUGUUGCCACUCUCCUGACGGAGCAACAGCAAGAAGCGCGAAUGGAGCCUCUACGACCCCGGAAGAAAUAUCACUUUUCCGGUGCAGAUGCUUCCAACAAGGAUGACCGUGAAGACCACUUCAACCACGAUUACACUGAUGUUGAGAACUUUCUUGAAACUGGAAACGCACUGGCGGCGAAGGCGAUAUAUCCAACCCCGAGCCCAGGCCGACCGGAAACCUCCACGACUCUCAAGCUUGCAUCGUCACAUACUUACGCCAGUGCGACAGUGACACACAAGCCGCCAAUGAAGCCUUUCAUUGGAACCUUCCUUUCUGCGGCCUCGCUGAAGGCCACGUUGCCCUCUGGACCACUCGCGACGUUCUCUGCCUUGCACCCCCUUCCAAUCUGUUUCCGCAUUGGGGAGGCUCUCCGCUAUGUCUCCUCCACCUUCUCCUCGUCACGACCGACCACUCCAGCCCGCGCCGGGACGAGCUUCAGGACCAGCAAUAGCACGUCAUUGAGUCUUGAGAUCUACGCGGUUAUGCACAGUAUCCACGACAAUGUAGCCAGCCGAACGGUUACGCUUGCGGAUUUAUUUUGCCCGGAUCGACCGCCCUAUCUCACGGGCACCAUUGCGACUCAAACAACCUCCGGCGCCACGAUACCUGCCUCCUUCCCGAUAUUUCCAAAGGGAGCUCUGGUGCGUGUCGCCACACAGAUCUCUCCGAGACUCGCCUCGAGCAUCUCAGCCGCCCAGGGCACCAGCGCGCCUAUUACGUGGUCGUCGAGUUCGGGGGUGAACACUUCGGCCUCGGCAGCACAGAAAUACGACAUCAACGUGCUGAGAAUCGAUCGUUCGGACUGGGGCGAGAUCCAGCGCGUGAAGACCAUUCUCGACGGAACUUCUGGGGCUUUGGCACCGGCUCAGAGUAUUCCUCCGGUUUCGACGGCCGGGCCGGUCCACCAGGCAGAAGUUGCUGGAAGGACGGUGCUUUGA